CAACAUUUUUGCUGCCGUGACUUUGCUUGUACUAAAGCAAGACACGAUUUCGAUUACUCUGCUGCGAUUUUGGUGACAAUAACCGACGCGUAUUUUUCUGAAUAUAUUCUUUUCGCAUGUUCCAGCGCAAAUUUCAAAGAUCUAGAAGUCGCCGCAAUAUUUCAAUUGUAUUCGCUGACGAAUAGACCUUGUAAACAAUCGUAUUAUGUGAUGUAUGAUUUCAUACGUUUGACCAAUCAAGAAAAAUUACAGAAAAUGCCACGUCAAAGUCAAGUUUGAACACUGAUACGCAUAGAUUUCAGCGCAAUUUGCUUCAAAAGUGGCUUUUGUCUUACUGUUCGUCAAUCGUCACAACCAUGAACGCCCAUUUAUUCUGCAUUUUCGUCUUCUGAUCGUGGAGGAACCGAUGUGGGACUUGAAAAGAAAAUCAAAGUCUCAACAUUCUUACAUCAGUGCCAUUCAGAAUAGAUCAUUUUCAAAGCCAAUGACGCGAGCAAAUAGAAAAGCAUUUGCUCGACUGUCGUUCACUGGCAGAAGCAAUGAAUCUCGCGACCACUACGCAUUUGUUAUAGCGUGCCAAGAGGCAGAAAUAUGAAGAUCUGAAAUGUCGAGACAUUUGUUUUUUGAUUGCAUGGGAAGAUCGAAUUGGCUUCGUUAUCUAAGUCGCAUUUGAACUUCAAAAGUGCUCACA